AUGAGGGACUUGCAAAAAAGCCAAAUGGAAGUGGUGAACAAAACCCUCACCGAGGCCACCGCGGUCAUGAAGACACUCCACACUCCAAAGGCGAGUCUCAUUCACAUCGAAAGCCUUGUGUGCCUCACGGCGAUGUUACUAUUGCUUCGCACCAUCUUUGGCUCACUGGGGCGUCGGCACAAUGUCCGGAAGCUCAAAUUCAUGUUGUGGGCAGGAUCCACGCUCGGUCUCGUGGACACCAUCUCGAGCUUCUUCAUCACUUACACGCUCGGUCUCAUGCAUGAAACGUCGUUCCAAACUGAGCUGUUCCCGGUUUGGGCCACUUUCUUGAUUGUCUUCUUCAGGAGCUCGGACUCAUUCUCCGCCUACAACGGACUUGAGGACAACGACUGGAGGAAGAACUACCAUUGGCAACGUUUGUUCGAGAACAUCUUGUUAGCCAAGUUGUUGUCCAUGCAUGUGAGGAUGUCGCCGAUGAUUUGGGGGGUCAUGACAAUUUGGGGGGUCAUGACAAUUUGGGGGGUCUUCUGUCUACUCCAAUUCGCGCAGCUCAUGGUCAGUAAAAAAGCAAAGUCUCUCCUGACUGCUCAAGGGUAUGACCUACAGAGAUCCACCAAAUUGAUCUCCGACUACAUGAGCUCCGAGCACCAGACGUCAGAUCCGUGCAAUCCCGACCCUAUCCAGAUGAGAGGAUACAACUAUGUUGUGAGAGGUGAAGAGACAACAUGGGUAAACGGUUCACCCCUGGAAAUCACAGACAAAGUCGUCACGGUCGUGAAGGUGUGGGCAUGCCAAGGAUCGCUUUUGAGCUCGACAGGCGGGGACAAAGACGGCAAGCUCAAGGACAUUUGCCUAUCGUUUUCGCUCUACAAGCUUCUCUCCUUGAGAUUUUGCAGCUAUUCGUUGCCCAAAGAAGCUCACAAAAAGCUGUGGACGUUGAUUCGGAAUGGUUUGCUUGAAGAAAAAAAUGGCUACGAGCGAGCAUUUAGGGUCAUUGAGGUAGAGCUUUCCUUUCUUUUUGAUUUGCUCUACACUAAGUGCCCGAUCAUCUUCCAGCCGGUCCUUUGGCAACUAAAGGUGACGGAGCUCUUGUUAUUGGUCAUUGGUUCUCAGGCCACAAUCGGACUUUGUUUCGCAUCGUACAACUUGAAUAGACCCCAGGAUGAAGUUCAACUGGCUACUUCAGGCGGGUUGAGCAUCGACGUUCUGGUGACGUCGCUUAUUCUUACGUUAUUCACAUUUGUGCAGCUUGGACAGCUUUUCUUCAUGGCCAUCUCGGAGUGGGCGAAAGUAUCAUUGCUAUGCAAGUAUGUACAAACUCCCUCGUGGCAUGAGAAGAAAUGUAUGCCGAAGCUGAUAGGACUAAUAUGCCGGAUGCGAUCACGGAAGCCUUGGGAAAGGAAACUUCGCCAAUACUCGCUUCUCGAGUCGCAUGGUUACACCCCUCCGCUGUGGCUAUACAAUCAGAUCACAGCUGCGUAUAUUGAUCAAAAAAGGGACGGUAAAAAAGAAAGCAAGCCUGCCGAGUUGUCAUCGGAAGUGAAACAAGCCGUUUUCCAUUAUUUAAUGUUGAAUUCCGGGGUAUUGGAGAAUGGAGAAGCUUCUUUGAGACUAAACCAAGUGGCAGGUAAGCUCUCGUGGGCGUGUAGGCUCGAGACGCAGACUCAAGUCAUAAUUGUGUGGCAUAUUGCCACAAGUAUUUGCGAGCACGAAGUGCGAAUUUCAGAUUCAAACUUUCUCGUGGCGUCCAGCUUAUCCAAAUAUCUUGCUUACUUGGUAGAGUUCUCUCCAGAGUUGUUACCUAAUCACCCCUACGAUUCUGAGUUUGUAUUCGAUAAAGUCAUUAUCGAAUCAAGAAAAUUGCUCAAAGGGUGCACGACUGGAGGAGAAAAAAUCCGGAAAUUGAAGGAGAUUGGUAAUACAACGGAUGACACCAGCAGCUUGAUGAAGUGGGGUGCACAGUUAGGGCAGCAAUUGCUGGAUGUCGGAGAAGGUCCAAACUUUAUUUGGAAGGUGUUGGCCGAGUUUUGGGCGGAACUUAUGGUGUAUGUGGCUCCAUCCGACGAUGCGAAAGCACACGCGGAGCACUUGGUUAUGGGUGGGGAGUUCGUGACUCACUUGUGGGCUUUGGUCUCUCAUGCCGGCAUGGAGCGUGAACCUCCUGUUGAGCAACCUACUCUCAACAGAAGCCCAAGCCGGCCCAAUUGA